AUGCGCUUCUCGUUUCACGGGACCAUCUUCACCAACAUCGGACCACCCUCACCAACAUCGGACCACACGCACGAACAUCGGACCACCCUCGCCAACAUCGGACCACACGCACCAACAUCGGACCACACGCACGAACAUCGGACCACACGCACGAACAUCGGACCACACGCACGAACAUCGGACCACACGCACGAACAUCGGACCACCCUCACCAACAUCGGACCGCACGCACGGACAUCGGACCACCUUCACCAACAUCGGACCACCUUCACGAACAUCGGACCACACGCACGAACAUCGGACCACACGCACGAACAUCGGACCACACGCACGAACAUAGGACCAUCUUCACCAACAUCGGACCACCCUCACCAACAUCGGACCACCCUUACCAACAUCGGACCACCCUCACCAACAUCGGACCACCCUCGCCAACAUCGGACCGCACGCACGAACAUCGGACCACCCUCGCCAACAUCGGCUGGACCGCACGCACGAACAUCGGAUCACCCUCGCCAACAUCGGACCGCACGCACGAACAUCGGACCACCCUCACGAACCUCGGACCACACGCACGAACAUCGGACCACACGCACGAACAUCGGACCACACGCACGAACAUUGGACCGCACGCACGAACAUCGGAUCACCCUCAUCAACAUCGGACCACCCUCACCAACAUCGAACCCCACGCACGAACAUCGGACCACACGCACGAACAUCGGACCACCUUCACCAACAUCGGACCACCCUCACCAACAUCGGACCACACGCACGAACAUUGGACCACCCUCACCAACAUCGGACCACACGCACGAGCAUAGGACCGCACGCACGAACAUCGGACCACCCUCACCAACAUCGGACCACACGCACGAACAUCGGACCACCCUCACCAACAUCGGACCACCCUCGCCAACAUCGGACUACACGCACCAACAUCGGACCACCCUCGCCAACAUCGGACCAUACUCACCAACAUCGGACUACACGCACGAACAUCGGACCACCCUCACCAACAUCGGACCACACGCACGAACAUUGGACCACCCUCACCAACAUCGGAACACCAACAUCGGACCACCCUCACCAACAUCGGACCACACGCACCAACAUCGGACAACACGCACCAACAUCGGACCACCCUCACCAACAUCGGACCACACGCACCAACAUCGGACCACACGCACCAACAUCGGACCACCCUCACGAACAUCGGCUCGGUAG